AUGGCAGACAUACCGAUACUUCAAUAUAAGAAACCAAACUCAUCUCAACUGAGAUUAGCAUCACCGAGAAUCUCCCAAUCAUCAUCACCACUUCCACCAAGGACUUCCAGCAAAUCGACACCAACACCAGAAACAACCACACCGCCACAUGACAAGCAACAACAUAGACGAGUCCUGUCACGAAGAAAAGCCCUACAGGAAUUCUACCACAUUCAAGAACAAUCCACAAGCAAUACAAACAGCACGACUAGCACCGAAGAAACCAAUACUUCCACAACUACAACUCCAACCCCAACAACAGGAUCAAAAGUUGAUUUACAAGAUGUUGAACAAUUGAAGCAAUUCAUUCAGAAUUCAAAGAUUGAAGAUAUCCUUGCUCUAAGGAAUCAAAUGAUGUAUAAAUUGAAUUCUCAAGAUCUGGAAAAGAAAUCAAUCAUUUAUGAUAAUUAUUAUGAAUUGAUUAAGUUGAAUAAUACAUUAUCUGAUCUUUCCAAAAAACAUCCAAAAGAAACUGGAGCUAAUACAGGAUUGGAUGCUUUGGGAAUAUAUCUGGAUGAACUGAAUGAUGAUAAUACAGGAGCUGCUGCCGCUGAUACUAAGGAAAUCUUUUUGAAUAAUUCCUUGAUUGAAUUACAAGAAUUUGUCAAUUCAGAGACCAAGAAGUUUACAGGACUGUUUGGUUCAGUUUUGGAGGCUUUGGAUCUGGAAAUAUCACGUUCUGAUUCAGUGGCUAGUAUAACUACUAUAAAGGAAGAUAGCAUGCCAAUUCCUGAUGAUAUUGAUCGAGAAAAGUUGAUUGAAGAGAUUAAUGGUUUAUUGGCUAUAAGAACGAGACAGGAAACAUUUGAUGAGGAUUAUAAGAAGGUUGUCUUGAAGAAUAUUGAGAAUGUAUUACUGAAAUUAACGAUAUGUAAACAUGAAUUGUUGAUUAUCGAAUUAAAUGAACUUAAGAAUUACAUAAAUACAUAG